ACUUCUUUUAUAAAUGUUUUUUUUUUUUUAAAUUUUUGAAUUAAUAAACAUGGAAAAAAUAAAAGAAAAGAAAAUUAAAAAAAGCAUAACAAUCUCAACAAAUAUAUUUAAUUUACUUCCUUCAUUACGAGAUGGAAUUAUAGUAACAGGAAUUUAUGUAUGCUUCUUAUGUUUCGGCUAUAUACAAGAAACACUCUUUCGUUCAAAAGACACCUCUGGGGUGACAAAUCAGUUUAAUUAUCCUGUUUUUUUAGUAUCAUCCUUAUGUUUAGGUAAUAUUUUGAUCUCAGGAAUCAUAUUGUAUGCAGAAGAUUCGCUCCAUAUUCACGCAGAUGUCUCAUCUAGUGAUGUGGAUGAUGUAGGCCAAUAUCAUCAGUUAGCAUCCCUUCAAACAACUGACAAUUCAAAACUUCUCACGAAAAACUCAAUAAAGCAUUGUAAUAUUUUGCUUCAAGGUUGGAUCAAUUUCCAGCAGUUUUUGUCAACAUAUUUGUUUUCUAUCAAAUCAAAUGUUUUAUAUGAAAUAUUUUUGUCAUCUUUAACUUAUGUAUUUUCAAUGCUAUGCACCAAUUAUGCAUUAUCCCAUGUUACUUAUCCAACACAAAUUCUUAUAAAGUCAGCGAAAACGAUACCGGUGAUAUUAGGAGGGUUUAUAUUUUUUAAGAAAAAGUAUCCUCUUUUUGAUUAUAUAGUUGUUGUAAUUAUAACAACCUGUCUUAUAGUUUAUAAUAGAUUAAACUCAAAACCAAUUGUGAACAAAACGACUUCGAAUAACUUUCUAGGAAUUCUUUUUUUAUGUAUUUCUUUAUUUUGUGAUUCCAUGACUGGACCACGCCAAGAUCAACUCCUUUGUCAUGUUAAAAUAUCUUCAACACAUUUAAUGUUUUUAACUAACAUUUUCGCUUAUUUUACGUCCCUUUGUUGUAUUUUAUUAUUUGAAGGAACACAACCUUUAGCGUAUUGCUUACAACAUCCUCGUAUCCUUUAUCAUAUAACAUUUUAUUGUAUUUCUGCUUCGCUAGGACAAUUAUUUGUUUUCGCUGCUCUCACAGCUUUUGGUAGUCUUCGUUUAACUUUAAUUACAACAACACGCAAAUUCUUUACAGUUCUUUUAAGUGUGUUACUUUUUGGUCACUCCAUCACCUUCUCUCAAUGGCUGUGUGUUGUGUUAAUUUUUGUUUCGCUCGCUUAUCAAAGUUAUCAAACAAAACGUCUUAAAAAACAAUCUUAAUGUUAAAAAUGUUUUCCAAGUUCGGUAUUCUAUAGUCAUUUUUGGAUUUGUCACAUUCAAAGUACUAUACAACUCCUGACUAGAAAAGAAAUUAUUUAUUUCCAAAAUUGUCUUGAUUUGUGCUCACGUGUAACGCCCGACUUGUAAU